AUAGAGGAAAAAAAAGAAAAUUGGAGAGACUGGUCCUAUCAGCUAUCAGGUGGGGUACUUGUACUCCUCUUCUCUUUCGUUUCAAAGAUUCCCACUCUCUUCUGGUCUCUCCUCUCUCCCUUUUUCUCUCUUCUCCCCCAACCAAGUUACUACUAUUACCAUAAUUCUUCUUCUUUUUAUCUCUUUUUUUAUCCCUGAGUCCUCCCACCAUAAAACUCAUCAACCUUCAUUAUCAAAUUGUUUUUUUUUGGGUAGGCAUAGAACCUUAUAAAUUAUUUGUUUGUUUGGGGAUUUUUAUUGAAUUAAACAAGAAUGACAGGUCCAAAUAUGGCUACUAUCACAGCUUCCUUAGAGAGAUCUCUCCAAAAUUGUUCAUUGAAUAACCACCACAGCAACAACUUGAGUGGGGUCACCCCUGCAGAUGGAUUUUCUGAUUCAUCGGAAAAUCAUGUUUUGAAUAACAACCCUUCUGAUGAUGCUACCUUAGACCUCAAUUCUGAGAUUUCUUUGCCUUACCACUGGGAACAAUGUUUGGAUUUGAAGACAGGGGAAAUAUAUUAUAUAAACUGGAGGACAGGGAUGAAAGUGAAAGAAGAUCCAAGAACAAAUGGUGAUGAAGUGUACGGUGGUGAUUUGUACUCAGAAGAAGAAGAAAGCUCGUAUGAUAGUGAUGAAGGAUCUUCAACAGAAGAGUCAUCAUUUUCAUCUUCAAGAGAACCCCAAAUUAGCCAUAAUAUUGGCAACAGCAGUGGCAAAAGUGGGGCAGCAGUAUUAGUUGUUGGUGGUUGCAAAAGCUGUUUGAUGUAUUUCAUGGUGCCUAAAGAAGUUGAAGAUUGCCCCAAAUGUUGUGGUCAACUUCUCCACUUUGAUCGAUCCGAAAAUGGCUCCCCUUAAAAAAAAAAAAAUAAGAACAUGAAAUAUUGAUUUGUUUUGUCUUUUCUUUUCCUUUUAAUCUUUUUUUUUCCUUAAUAGAAGUUUGUUUUGGUCGUAUAAUAUAAACUAUGUAGUUGUUACUUGUUAAUGUGUUUUUUCCUAAGGAAAGACAAAACAACCCAUUAUUUUAAAAUAUAUUUAUUGUG